GUUGUUCGCUUCCCUCAACAAGAAGUUUCCGGUGAAAGAUCUGGGGGAGUGUACCUGGUACGACGGGUGUGCUAUCGCCAUGGAUGUAGAAAAUGGCAUCACCAAGCUGUCCCAGACAGCAUACAUUGAGAGUAUGCUGAAGCGGUUUGAUGUGACCACGACCGCUUUCACCCCUGCUGCCACCGAUGCCGACCUAGGGCCGAAGAGAGAUGACGAGCCCGCGGUGGACAAGCCUGUGAGGGAGGCGAUCGGAUGCCUGAUGUGGACGAAGCUGACGAGGCCAGACAUCGCCCUGCCUCUGAACAAGCUCCAGAAGAUCGCCCACUCACCCACCGGGAGGAUAUGGAACUCGCUUGUGCGGAUCAUGUCCUACCUGAACUGCACGAAGGACUUCGGCAUCACCUACGUACGGGGGUCAGGACUAGACCUAAGCGUGUUUGUCGAUGCCAGCUACGCUGACAACGAAGUAGACAGGCGUUCUACGACCGGGCUAGCUGGCGUGAAGGAGGCGUUGUUUGUGCGUGGCGUUCUGUCGUUCAUAGCGCCCGAGACGAGUGGGGCGAAGAUCAAGGUCCUUGAGGACAACAAGGGGGCUCUCGCCUUAAUCGAGAACCCGUUCAGCUCAGCGAGGAGUAAGCACAUCGACGUGCGGUUCCAUUUCAUUCGCGAGCUAUUCAAGCUNUUGGUUUAUGUGGUGGUUUUAGCACUUGACAAAUAUGACCAUGGUUGCCGCUUCUCGUCAGCUCAAGCCAAGGCCGCGGCGCCAGUGAUGAGGCGGGGGGAGAGUCCUCGCCGGACACCGGGGGUAGUAGUGAGGGCGGAGACGGCAAGUGGAAGGAGCCGGAGAGGAGAAAGCCUGGGCCUGAGGAGGAAAGCUCUGGCAAAGGGAGAGAGGGAGCUUCUGUGGCUGCUCAUACCGAAGCACUUAGCGUCCAAGCACUCGGCCAAGAAGGAUAAGGAUGACGAGUGGUGGGAAUGCCCACAGGCCCUCUCGAAGAAGGUCGAGAUGACAGCACGGGUCGAGGAAGUGCAAAAGGACGGCAACCUGGAACUCGUCGCGAAGAAGGUCACAGUCGACAUGGGGAGGAAGAUGGAGGGACUGUCGCGGGAGGUCAUCGUGGAAGAGCUGAGGACCAUCUUCAGCGCUCACCGGACGGCAUGGAAGAAGAGGCAGGAGGAGAAGAAGAGUUUCAGCGGCGAGAGUGACGAUGGUGAUGACGACGGAACGGAGGUGAGGUUGCAAUGCACGACAGGAGACACCCAUGGUUAG